GCAAGGCAAGCGGCUUUCAGUUAUACAUUAGCUGUAUCUGUUAUAGCGCUAUGCUUACAGGGAAAUUAAACAAGAUUAUACGGCUUUGCAGCGGUGGAAAACAUAGAAAAUUAGUGAUCAAAUGGCUACAGAGAAAAGGCUUGCUUUGUAAAGCACCUCAUUGUCGCCAGUGUGGAAAAAAGAUGAGUAUUAAAGCCCACAGUGGACGUGAUGGUUACAUAUGGACAUGCCGAAGAAACAAGCAUCGCAGAAUUACACUCUCCAUUCGCAAAGGAUCACUGUUUCAUAACUCCAGAAUACCUUUGGUAAAGUGGAUGGAAUACAUAUAUAGAUUUUCACAGGGUCUACAUUUAAGACAAAUUGACUUGAUGGAUGAUGGUGUUGCCAAAACUUCAACAACAUUGUCCAGAAUGAACAAAUUGCUCAGAAAGGUUUGCAUCAAGGCAUUGAGUAAUUUGAAAAGAAGAACAGGCCUUAGAGUUGGUGGAAAGUCAAGACAGAAGUUUGUGGCCAUAGAUGAGUCCAAGUUUGCUCACAAGAGAAAGUUUAAUCGUGGCCGCUUUUGUACUACUUGGCAGAGAAGAAAAGGAUGGGUUUUUGGGAUGAUGGAGGUUAAAGGAGAUCGCCGCCUACCAGUCUUAAAGAUGGUAAAGGACCGUUCCAGGACCACACUGGUGCCCAUCAUCACAAGGCACAUCAGAAGGGGGUCAACUGUUUACAGUGACAAUUGGAGGGCAUAUCUGAAUGCAUUACAACCUUUACGAUACAGACACCUAACUGUUAAUCACAGUGAAAAUUUUGUUGAUCCCCAAACUGGCUGUCACACACAACAUAUUGAAAGGGCUUGGCUUGCCAUCAAGGCACAGGUAUCAAGAUUAAGGGGUAACAAGACUACAAAACUAUUGAGAGAACAUUUGAAAUUCAUUCAGUGGCACUACUGGCUGGGAAGGCGAAAUAGUAAAGGUGCCUUAGCACAGCUUAUCCAUGACAUUAGAAAAGCAUACCGGGUUGAUUGAAAAUAUAUAUGCCAUUUUUUUCUCUUUUAUUUGCUGUUUAUAUUGUGACAUUUCUUCAGAUUCUAAAAUUUCCUGAUAAUACAAACAAUUAACUUGUUUUAAUACAUUCAUAGUUUACUCAAAAAAAAUAUUUGUGUAAAAUACUAUGUUGCAGAGUAAAAAUCAAAUACGAAUGUGACAGUUUUGAUUUAAUAGAUCCUGGGAUAUUAUUUACAGCACUGAUUGUUUUCUUUAUUGCUCUUUUAAAUUUUUCUUUUGUGAUUGCUGGCACUCUGUUGAACAAUCUGACUUUACAGUCACAGUGUAAAUUACAAUAUUCUGUUACUUUUCUAGAACAUUGAAACUGCAAUGCAAUAAAGUUACACUACAUAUUAAA